CUUUUGGUCGAACUGGUUGCGGCUCGGGUUGGAUGUGGCGCUAGUUUGUUUAAGGCUUCCGCAGUUCUUCUGCGCAGGAGAGGCCGACUUGUUCAUUCAACCAACAACCACUCGAUCUGGUUGCGAGUUUUAAUUGCAGCUGACGAAGCGGUGGUUAUUCGUCUCAUCUCAUUAUAGAGUACUUUAUAUUGCCCCUUCCAGAAGCGCAAGACCAAACACUACGACGACGAAUGCUACGACCCUCCGUGCCUCAGCCUCGAGCCCGUCCCGCUGAACCCUUAAACUACCUAUACCAAUUAUUCAAUAUAACACAAUAGUUCAUGCCCCCGCGCCGCCGUGCUCCUCCUGCGGGGGCUCGAACGGACCUCCCGCCGCUGAGAAUCAUCCGUCAAAUUCUCCUGCUUCAAGUUGCCUACUAUGUUAUUGCGACGGCGUUGAUUCUGUUCACGACUGCGGUCUACGGAACGGUGUUCUCGAUUGACUUGAUUCUCAGCUGGGAUUCGUUGAGAGGUGAUACUACGCUUGGAUGGAUGCUGGGUUUGGUAUGGAUGCUGAAUAGUUUUAUCUGUGUCAUCUUCCUUCUCCUCCUCGUAUCCCGGUCUAAGCUCAUUCCCGACUUCGCCCUAACAAUCCACUUCUUGCACCUCAUUGCGACGUCGCUUUAUACGCAUUCUAUUCCAGGAAAUCUGCUCUGGUGGGGACUCCAAUUCGCGAGUGCAGCCUUCAUGACCUUCUUUGGCAUGUGGGCUUGCCAGUGGCGUGAACUCCGACCGAUCAGCUUCGGUGGUCAUGCUCAACCGACUGGCGCUUCUUCCUCCCAGCCCCAAGCAGAGGGGACAGACGAUGGUCAGGAAGUUUCCGUCUCGCGAGGUCGUGGACGAGGACGCGAUGUGCGGGCUGCGAGCGAUGAGUAUGAAAUGGUCCAUAUGAAGGGAAUGGGCGAGCAGGCUGUAUGAUUUGAUUUCUCUUUUCUGUCGAUUGUCAAUGCCAUCAGGCAUGACACCGAUGACUUGGUCUAUGUGGACUUUUUUAUAUUUCUUUCUCUGUAUACCCUAGUAUUUAUGCAUUUGCAUAUGGCGUUUUUGACAUUAAUUUGUUUCAUUAUCAUUCUCGGGAAUGUCUAUAUUACAUACUUUUCUUUUUUGAUACCUUACUGUAUAUCCCUCUGUGGAUAUAUGUCAUGUAUUUUGAUAUGCGAUCUGUGGCCUUUUCAGCUAUUAUAUUAAUAAUAUCUUGUCUAAUACCAACCAUCCAAUUUAGAUAAAGGGAGUAUCAUCGGAC